GAUUCUACUAUUUUUCUCAUUUUUUCCAUUCUCGUAAUAAUACUUUGUUCAUGGGGACAGCUUAGAGGAAGUUCCCACUUAAUGGAUAAAUAAAAUAGUGCAUUGGUCUUCAGUGACUGAUAAACUAUCAUUUUGGUGUUAUUCUCUGAUGCUAAUGGUGACCUGUACACUGCCUAAGUUUUGUGUAAUGUCAAAAUGCUGUUGUUUUCUUACAUGUGAUGUGCUGGUUAUCUCUGAUUUCGUUCAAGUUUUUUACAGACAGAAUUACUGAGCUAGUCCAGUGUAAAUAUUUGCACAUGCUUAGAUGGAAGAGAUUUUGUACACGCAGCAACGUUAUUGAACAACUUUAUCCUCUCUAUCAGAAGCGAAUUAGUCACAUCAUGGAGGAAUACAGUGAUGCAGUUCAGAGGGCUGCAAGACUUUCGGCUGCAAGGGAAACUUUCCUGACAGGAAAGAAAAAUCCGGUGAAUGUAGUGACACAGGAAGAUAUGAUGAUCUACACCCAGUGGUUAGUGUGUCACUUGCACUCUGUGAAGGGCAUUCACCAUUUUCUUCAGGUUCUCCAGCAUUUGCCUGUUUCUCGCAGAAUGAAUGUGGCUAGGGAGAAAUGUCCUGAUGUGGUCCAAGACAACUGGGACAUGUUAAGAAGUGCUCUUUACAAGAAUUCAGAUAUUUUUAACAUUAAUGUCUCUCUCUGCUCCAGAGUUAUACAAAAAAAUGGUGAGAAAUGA